UUUAUUAAACUCACCAAACAACAAAAAAUAUUUACAAGGUUUGAUGCAAGUGGUUUGUGGCAUCCAGCAGGUGGUACUGUUGCAAAUAAAAGCAUUUCCAUUAUAUAGUAUAACCUUGGUUAGCGUCAUUAAUUCGUUCCAUUAAUUCGUUCCAUUCAACAAAUGACAAAAACUUCAACACAAAACACCUGUUACAUGCAGCAUUCAAAUACAUACAUGCAUUCAAAAUGCAUAUAAAUUGGGGCUGUCAAUCGAUUAAAAUAUUUGAUCAUGAUUAAUCACAUUUUUUUGUCCAUAGUUAACUCACAAUUAAUCGCAUUUAAUCGCAGAUGGAAAUAAGUUUUUAUGCAAUUUCAUGUAAAGGGAUAUCAAUUUGUGAACUUUGGGCCAUUAUUUAAAACAAUACAGUCAGCAAGCAUAUUUUUGUAUUACUAUUUUUCUUUAUUAUUAGCAUAGUAGCUCUUAAACUCGCCCAUAAAAGUUCAGCAAAUACAAAAUGUGAGCAAGUGAGACCGCUCACACUAACAUGUUUUUGUUUCUUUGUGUCAGCUCAAAAUAAGAUUUGUGUAUUUAUGAUACUGGUUUUAAAUUCAAAAUGUUUAUGUAAAAAAGCCUAUUUAGUAGCAUUCAGAAAGCAUUAUUAUUAAAUAAUUGCCUCAAUGCACCUUUCCUUCAUGAAAUGUACAAAUGAAAAUACCCAAAACACAGGGCAAUAGUCAUAAAACAUUUCAUCCAAAUUGUAAACCUAAUGUGAUUUCAUUUCUCUUUUAAAACACAUUCAAAUACAUAGAAAUUAACCAUUAUAUUACUGUAAAUAUGAUUUUGUUACAAUACUAACUAUUUUCAGUUUUUGAAUGUGCGAUUUGUCCUACUUUUUCGACUGUCAUUGAACGCACCGACUCACCCUUCACCAAUGCAAAGAGGGCUGUAUGGAUGUAUUUGGAUGUAUCCCCCCCCCCCCCUUUUUUUUUUCUUUCACCUCAUACUUGCUCCCGAAUGCUGAUACUAUGUGGGAAUGCAUAGAGAUUUCGACGAGUGCGAGGAAGACUUGGACUACAAUAUUCUAUGUUCCAUUUACUCUGUUUGUGUGAACACCAUUGGCAGCUUCAGAUGCGAUUGUCUCGAUGGUUUCCAAAGAAAUGAGGAAUACUGUGAAGAUAUAAAUGAAUGUGCGGAAAGCAACGUAUGUGGACCUUGGGCCACAUGCAUUAAUACCGUACCACGCUAUGAUUGUGUGUGCAAUGAAGGAUUUGUCUGGAAAAAUAAUUCUUGUCACGAUGUGAAUGAGUGUCUGCAAGCAUUUCAUUGCGGCCAUGAAAAGAUAUGCAUCAACACGCAAGGCAGCUAUUACUGCGCCUUGUUAGAGUUCCCCACCGGUUUCUCAGAAGAAAAGCCAUCUGAAGACAUAUGUUUGUCAUAUGACUGCGGAAAUGGAACCUGCCACAUCGGAGCCAGUGGCCAUUACUGUGAAUGCCAUGUAGGGUUCACCAAUUAUGACAACAACACUGCACCUUGCACGGCAUUAAACUGCGAUGCGUUCAAGGACACGGAGGAUCUGAAAGUGAAUCUUCCCAUUGCACGUGAUCUCAUAAUACAGCUGGAAGGAAACUGUGGGGAUCCAAAAGGCUUGGAUGCGGAGAUGCUACUCUCGGCACUCUUGGAUAUAAUUGAUCAGAUCUUAUCAACUGGAGUCCUGACAAAUAACAGGAAAGUGUCCAUCUUUCUGGACUUUGUGGAGAGAGUUCUGAAAAUGAUAGGAUCUUUCAUAAACUCCCCCAGGGAAAAAAGAUCCACUAACAAAACAGAAUUGGAGCUUCUUUCCUACAAAGGAUCCGUGUCACCCAAGGAGGUUGUGAAAUUAUCAACCAAGCCAGUCGAGUUAGAUAUCCACUUGGAAACAGUGGCUGGAGAUUCCUCGCAGGUCCAAGGCUGUUCAACCGUGUUCCUGCUCAGCUACGCAAACCUGGAGGACUUCACUGAAGGCUUCUACAGCAGCAUGAAUGUGCAGGCAAAACAGAGGUUCAUCAUCAACUCCAAAGUAGUGACCGUCUCCGUCACCAACACCAACACGAGUCACCUGGAAGAGCCGGUCACGCUGACUUUUCACCACAUCAAACAGGUGAAUGGUAGCAACCACGUCUGUGUGUUCUGGAAUGGCUCCCAAGAUGGGGGCUCCUGGUCUUCUAGCGGCUGCACCCAGGUGGAGUCCAACCCUGAAUUCACCGUGUGUUCCUGCAACCACUUGAGCUCCUUUGCUGUGCUAAUGGCCCUCUACGACGUAGAGUAUAGGUUUGAGUUGCAGCUGUUGACCAGGUUGGGCUUGUCCCUGUCACUCGUUUGCCUGCUAGUGUGCAUCCUGACGUUCUCGCUCAUCCGCACCAUCCAAAGCUCCAGGAACACCAUCCAUUUGCACCUGUGCAUCUGCCUUUUCAUCGCCAUACUCCUCUUCCUUGGAGGCAUCUCCUGUACAGAGAACCAGAUCGUCUGUUCAGUGGUGGCCGGCCUUCUUCAUUUCUUCUUCCUGGCAUCCUUCUGCUGGAUGUGCAUGGAAGGCGUGCAGCUCUUCAGGAUGGUCAUCCUGGUGUUCCACACCAACCUUCAGACCGUCUACUUGAUGGCAGGCGGCUACGGCAUCCCGGCUGCAAUUGUGGGUGUCUCGGUUUUUGUCAACCCCAAUGGAUACGGCACAGAGAAAUAUUGCUGGUUAAAUCUGGAAUUCAUUUGGACUUUUUGGAUCCCGGCGUGUGUCAUCAUUGCUAUAAACUUGGUCUUUUUCAUUAUUACCAUUUGGAAGCUGGCGCAAAAGUUCACAGAUUUAAACCCAGAUUUGGACACCUUGGCCAGGAUAAAGGUAUUCACCGGUACUGCAAUAGCCCAGCUGUGUGUGCUGGGCAUCACGUGGAUCUUUGGCUUUUUCCAAUUUGGGGAGAGAACAAUAGUGAUGUCUUACCUGUUCACCAUCUUCUCCAGCCUCCAGGGGCUCAUGCUUUUCAUUGUGCACUGCCUUUUCUCCAAACAGGUCAGGGACGAGUAUGGAAAAUUCCUGUGCAGAUUCUGUGCACCUCAGAAGAAGAAAAACUACAGAGAAUUAAGCUCACAUUCCAGCAAACAACAGGCAUACAAGAGCAGCCAGGAAACGGUACAGUCACGCCUCUGAGGAGCGCAAUACUCGCCUUCUUCCGUCAUACUCAACAACCGCUGGCCAUCAUUGAUUUGCAGUUGAUGCACCGAUCUGCAAAAUGAUAUCAACUGCAGUAUUUUUCACUGUGACUGUUUUGGAAGCUACUGACAUGGAAAUGUUAAUCGUGUCACAGUAAUUCGGUAUUCUGUUGUCUGAACUGAGAAAUUAUUGAAUCAAUAUGUUCAAAGGACACAACCCCAAGUGCAUAAUGGGCUUUAUGCAUAUUACUCCCAUUUGUUUCAUAAGUGGAUUUAAACCAAAUUAUCCAAAUGAUUAAUAAUUGUAUCAAGCCUGUCAGCUUGUGUCACCCAGGUACUGUAUCUAAUUAGGCCAGAUAAGCUCUUGUUAGUGUCUCUGAUGUGAUUUAUUUUGUAUGUAUAUGUUGUUUAUUGUUUUCCUGGCGUUUUCCACUGUAUAAAAUGUAUAUUUGUUAGUGACAAUACAUUAAUUAUUCAGGAUACUAAAGUAUUUGUUUGAAUAACAAUCAUAUACAAUAUUUAUCAAGAAUAUUUUGCUCCUUUACACAACCACAAAGGCCUUACAUCCGCAUUGUAUCAGAGUGGUUCCGCAUCAUGGUGCAACAAGUCAUAACAGUUUCCUGUGUGUCAUCUAACCGAUCGCCAGUAUCUGUGAUUGAGAGCUUUGUACUGUACUAGGUGUUUUCCACAGACAGUGGAUGCCCCAACAAAGUCGAUGAUUCUUCAUAAAGACUGCGGACUCUCCAUGAUCCGACUGAAUUCACCGAUUCAAGUCGACGGAUUGAGUGCAGACUCGUAAUGAUUGAAUUGGUUAACUGACUUGAGACUCACUAGAAAAAGAGUCGAUUCUGUAGUAUGACUCAGUAAAGAAACUGAGACGACUCAUUGGUCCCAGAUGCGUUAUCAUUUGAUUUAGUGAGUGAAGUAAUAUGUUGAAUAUUGCAACACCACUGGCUUUGAACACGUUUGUGUCCCACUGUGACUCUUAGAUUGUUGUAAUCACUUAUUUUUGUUUAAAUGUUUCUCAAAAUUAAAAUAUUUUAAUCGA